AUGGAUCGUUUCAGCCUCUACCCAACCGAUCUCCGUUCCUCGUCGAAGAACGCGGUGGAACACCGACGGGGUUUCCCCAUGAGCCUCCGUAACAAAGACCAACGGCGAAACACACGCAAUACGCCUAAUUUACUUUCAAGUCGUCCAAAAAGUAAGAAACAAUCCAGCGCGCUGACCGCUUUGAUCGCGGGCGGACAGCAACAGCUCAAAGAAUAA